ACCGUUUGGUUGUUUUCGUUUUGAUGGCGACCAUAACGGUUGUUCAAGGUCUUUGCAACUUUCCUCAAGAUAUAAACGGAAAACAAUUUGAUGUAAAGUUUGGUUCAAAUCCAACAAUUUAUAAAGCUUUAUUUUCGGGAACACAGUUUCAAAUUACUGACCAGGGUAUAUCGUACGACUGCAUAGAACAUGUAGAAAAGAAUGGCGACUUUUUCUUGCUAAGAAGCGGGGAAUCGUCUAUUUGCUUGAAAUUAACUUCAAUAAACGAAUUGUUACCACAAGGUUAUCUAACUGAAGAUAUACUACCAGCCCGCAACCUACAACUUUCACCCCCUGGUUUGUGUGAUGUUUGUUCAAGCAUGACCACAUCAUCUAUAUCAAUCCUGUUUCGAAGUGAUAACAAGCUUGUUUUUCCCGAUCCUCUUCCUGUCGGAUGUGAUAUACCCGAUGGUUGUCCUCUGAUUGAGAAUGGUAAUCCUUGUACACCACCACCUCCAGUUACCAUAGAAGGUUUCUGUGGCGAUCUUUUAGAAAUUCUCGAGGCUGACAGUUCUGGCAGUUCUUCUACAAGCAGUUCCAAUGAAGUGGGUGGUGGUGGUGGCAGGGCACUAAAAAGACACAGAAAACAUAAGCAGAACUGGAAAAAUAAGCCAAAGUCAAAGAAAAAGUGCAAGAAAAACGAGGAGUUAGAGGCUCUAAUAAUGGAAACGUGUGGUGAAGAAUUAGUAGUUAUCAACGCAUGA